AUGGGACGAUUGGGCGUCUCGAUUAAAAAGCGCGGAAAGAUUCCACAGCGUCGUAAGACGAAGCCGCGACGUAAAUUCACGACUAAAUACGUCCGUGACCCUAAUGUGCAAAAAGUCUGGGACCAUCAACUCACAACUCGCCAAAAUUACGCCAAUCUUGGCUUGGAAGCUAAUCCCAAUGCUUAUACUGCUUUAAGAGAGAGCGUCAAGGGCGUUGAUGGCACAUUUGAAGCAUUAGAUAAAGCAACUUUUUAUGAGGUACCGGACAGUGAUUUCUUAGGCGAACGUAAUCCAAAGCGUGUUGCUAAUUACGUGUCCAAAGAGGAAGCCAAGUACUUGCGUCAACUUAUUGCAAAGCAUGGAAAGGAUUACACUACAAUGGCACGUGAUAUCAAGAUAAAUAACAUGCAAUGGACUGAACAGAAGCUUCGUCGUCGUUGUGCGCGAUUGGCGUUAAUGGACGCCAACGUCAUCAGGAAGUCACAAGAAGAAGAAGCGCAAGAUUGA